AUGACUCAAAACUACCAGCACAUCAUGGCCUUGGUAUUUGCAGUAAAGGAGAUCAAUGACAACCCCAAAAUCUUACCCAACAUCACUCUGAGUUUUAAAAUAUAUAGUAACUAUUUUAGUCCACAAUUCACAUACCAGGCCUCAUUGAAGGUUCUUUCAACACGUGACAGAUUCAUCCCUAACUACAAAUGUGAUGUCCAGGACAAUCUGAUAGCAGUCAUCGGAGGACCAAAUUCUAAUAUUGUUGAACACACAGGAACCAUAGUGGGUAUCUACAAGAUUCCACAACUUACAUAUGCUUCUGCUCCAGAGACAAAUAACAAACCCGAAGACAUUUUCUUCCACUGGAUGUUCCCAAAUGGGGCCCAUCAGUAUAAGGGGAUCCUUUGGCUACUGUUACAUUUCAAGUGGACAUGGAUCGGGAUGUUAUACCUUGACACUAAAAGUUUAAAGGCAUUUAUACAGAAUGGGCUUCCCAUGUUUACUCAGAAAGGUAUCUGCUUUGACUUCAUCAAAACAUUACCAGUUACAGGCUUUUUUAAUCAACUCACUGAAAUGUUGGAAAAGGCAUUGGAGACAAUGAGUGUUGCCAUGGAAAGUACAGCAAAUACAGUGAUCUUCCAUGGUGAAUUUCAGUCCAUGUUAAGUCUGAGAAAUUUACUUCCACUCUCGCAAUUUGAGGGUGUACCAGUGAAGACAAAAAUCUGGAUUAUGACAGCAGAUGUGGAUUUUGCAUCAGUACCCCUUCAAAGAAACUGGGACAUUAGUUUCAUCCAUGGCUCUAUAUCCUUUGCAGUCUCCUCAAAGGAGGUGUCAGGAUUCCAGGGAUUUCUUCAGAUGAGGAACCCUACAUUGGAAAAAGAAGAUGGUUUUCUGAGGGAGUUCUGGCAACAAGUAUUUGAUUGCUUGCUCCCCAGCUCUGGUGUAGGCAAGAUGGAUGUCAAUAUCUGCACUGGGGAAGAGAAACUGGAGUCCCUUCCUGGGUCUGUUUUUGAAAUGAGCAUGACUGCCCACAGCUACAGCAUCUACAAUGCUGUCUAUGCCAUGGCACAUGCGUUGCAUGCUAUGCAUUCAUCCAUAUCAGAACUCAGAACAAUGAUGAAUGGAGAAAGAUGGAAGCACCUCAAUCAGCAGCCAUGGCAGACACGCCCUCUUUCUGUGUGCAAUGACAACUGCAGUCCAGGUUAUCACAAGACAAAGAAGGAAGGGAAACCAUUUUGCUGUUAUGAUUGCCACCCAUGUCCAGAGGGGAAGAUUUCAAACCAGACAGACAUGGAUGGCUGCUUUCAGUGUCCAGAGGGUCAUUAUCCGAAAAACAACAAGGAUGUAUGCCUUCCGAAAAUUAUAACCUUCUUGUCUUAUGAAGAAAUGUUGGGAGUAGGCUUGAGCAUUGCUGCUCUUUCCCUUUCUUUCCUUACAGCUUUGGUGAUAGGAAUCUUCACAAUGAACCACAACACACCCAUUGUCAGAGCCAAUAACCGGAGCCUUUCCUAUACUCUCCUUGUCUCCCUCCUGCUCUCCUUCCUUUGUGUUUUCCUAUUCAUUGGCCAACCCAAUACGGUGACAUGUCUCCUUCGACAAACUGCUUUUGCCAUCAUCUUCUCAGUGGCUGUUUCUUGUAUGUUGGCUAAAACCAUCACCGUGAUUCUCGCUUUCAUGGCCACCAAGCCAGGAUCAAAUAUGAGGAAAUGGAUGGGGAAUAAGCUGGCUGCCUCCAUUGUUAUUCCAUGCUCCCUUAUUCAAGUCACUCUUUGUAUUGUCUGGGUGGCAACCUCUCCACCAUUCCCAGAUGUUGAUAUGAAUUCAGAAAUUAUGGAAAUCAUUGUACAAUGCAAUGAAGGGUCCGACGCAAUGUUUUAUAGCAUCUUGGCCUUUAUGGGCUUCUUGGCUACGGUUAGUUUUAUUGUAGCCUUCCUAGCCAGGAAGUUACCAAGCAGUUUCCAGGAAACCAAGUCAAUCACCUUCAGCAUGUUGGUGUUUUGCAGUGUUUGGUUAUCCUUUGUUCCAACUUACCUUAGCACCAAAGGCAAAUACAUGGUAGCUGUGGAGAUCUUCUCCAUCUUGGCUUCCGGUACUGGGUUACUGGGUUGCAUCUUUUCCCCCAAAUGCUUCGUUAUCAUGCUGAGACCUGCUCUGAACAAAAAGGAGCUGCUAAUAAAGAGAAUAUUUUGA